UGCGGCCCGUGGCCCAACGCGGAGUCUUUUAAUAUAGGUAGGCAGGUACUACAUAAAACUAGAGAUAUCUACUACCUAUGGUACUCCCUGGCUACUAAAUACGUACCUUCCCAUCCACACAGUCAAACAGUCAAAAUUGAAACCAUCAUUCUCAAAGAGAAGGGAAAAAGAAAACCCACACGAUACACACAAUGAGCACGCAUCUCCCCGGCAUCUUGCUUUCAUUCUAGCCACACCAACAACCAUGGACACUGUCGUCCAGGAGGCCCUCUGCGAUCAGAACUGGGUUCACAACCCGGCCAAAUGGGGCAUCGCCUUCUUCAGCCCUGACUCGACCGGGUGGCUGGACUUGACGGUAGAGAUGCGAAACGCCCUCCGCGCCAACUUUUCCUGGAAGCAGAUAGCGCUGGCGACGACGGAAGACGAGCUGUCUCAGAGCGGGGAACUUGGCAACACCGCAGACAGCACGGCGUCUACCCUUGACCAAAAGACCAAGACUUCAGUCACCAGAACCCGCAGGUUCGAGAUGGAGCUCACCCUGCUCAGGACGGGGCCGCACCAGCCCCCGGAGAUCAAGGGGCUGGUGGAGCGCGCGUUCCGGCCCAGGAGGUUGGCUGUGCGGCUAUCGGAGGGCCGGUUCCCACGGCAACAUCCUUACCUCGGGAUCGUGCAGGUCUUUGGGUGGCGGCUUGUCUUUGAGCCGUCUGUCUUUCCCGAUCUGGAGGACUGGACGGAUGAGUACUCUAGGAUGGUCACCGCGGGCAAGUUCCAUGAGUGGAAGUCGUUCUACAGCGGGGCUUUGGAUGACUUUGAGUUGACGCUAGCCGCCAAAGCAGCCGGCAAUCCUAUCAACACCAAGGUUCGGAAGGAUUCCCAAGCAUGGGUCGAGGGCGAGACUCAGAAGUACAGGUGUCUCAAGGAUGUGCGCAACAAGGGCGAAAAGCAGAACACCAUUCCUUUGCUCAUUCUGCAACCAGAGCUUAGUGCUGAGGAUCCUCUGUUCUGGUUGACGGCUCUCGGCCUGACUGGUGGCGGUUUCGAGAACUUCACCUCCUGGUCUGACGUGUAG